AGAAGCCCUUUGACCUGCUCAAACAAAAAAAAAAACAAGGAGUACAUGCUCAUUCAGCGUGUUCGACAACUGAAAUCAUCACUGUAGCCCAGAUAUGUGUAUAACAUUUCACUAAGCAUAGAACUGAAGUGAUCCGUACAAGCUGUGGAAUGUCACGGGUGUGUGUACUCGACCCAAGACUACUAUAUGAAGCUACAGUUACAUCUGCUUAAUCUUUUUGGUGCGUGGCGAACGAUGUGUUCAAAUGGCGUAUCAUCCCGUGGUGCCCUUAUUGUACUCGAGGGCCUCGAUCGCGUGGGCAAAUCUACUCAGUGCUUUCAGGUUGUUGAAAAAUUAAACAAAAUGGGAAAACGAGCUGAAGCUUGGAGGUUCCCCGACCGAACUACGCCAUUAGGCAAGGUAAUUGGGGAUUAUUUACUGAACGCAACAGAUAUGGAUGAUCGCUCGAUACAUCUGCUUUUUUCAGCUAAUCGAUGGGAAAAACGUGCAGAAAUGUUGGACAAACUGAAAAAAGGUAUUACAUUGGUAAUUGAUCGUUACGCGUUCUCCGGAGUAGCUUUUUCGUCAGCUAAACCGGGUUUGUCGAUCGAGUGGUGUCGCCAGCCAGAUGUUGGACUACCGAAACCUGAUCUCGUGUGUUUCCUUCAUGCGAGCCAAGAAGUGUUAAAAACCCGUGGAGGUUAUGGAACUGAGCGUUAUGAAUACGAAAAUUUCCAGGCGGUUGUUGCUGAAAGAUACCUCGAACUGGUGGACGAUACAUGGGUUUUGGUGGACGCUACAAGUACGACUGACGAUAUUACUAAAAACCUUCUUAAAAUUAUUCAGGAAAAAACUAUACAUCUUCCUGAGGAGAUUGGAAAACUUUGGCUUGAUUAGCAUUGACGGAUGAUUACUGAGCAGUGACAACGAGCAAGCUUCUAUAGAUGCCUUAAUAAGCGUAUAUAUAAUUAAUAUCGAGCUUAAGAAAUAAUGCAGUAGGUGAUCUUAGUUUAAUAUAAUUAAAAACACCGAAAACAAUAGUAGGUGAAAACAUGUAUUGAAAGAAAAGUGCUGUUUUCGUACCGUAGUGAGGUUUUCUGAUGGCAUCUCAGACAGUACGUGUUAUACCAAGAAUGAGUGCGUAUCAAUUAUCCAUAUAUUUUCAUGUCAGGCGAAUAGCCUUUCAACUGGAGUUCGGAAGUGCUAAUGGGGUGCGAUACCGCCAAAGAAUAGUUUCUGCUAUAUGUUUCGCAUACUUUCUUUGUAAGUGCGUUUGUGGGAUGUAGGCUGAGCAAUCCGCAAUUAUAGGCGUUAUGCAGAUGUGGACAUGAGUUUUUGUAUGCGGGUUCUUGUAUUCGAGGGGCUUCAAUAUUUCUUAAUGGGGGCUGGCGUUUGUAUAGAUUUACUUUGAGACUAAUUCACAUAAAGUUUCUACUUUUUCGAUAAGGGCAGGCAUAUUUAUUGACGUCUAUAUAUAUAAUCAGUAACAUGCUUUUAUAUAUCGUCCUCAUCACGAAAGGUGUAUGAACUAACUAGUAACUGACAAAGUAAAAGUUUGGAUAUUGGCUAUAAAGGACAUGCAACUUAGUCUGAGCUGGUGCUAUGAACGUCGUUGUAUAAAGUAUAAAGAAUAUAUUCGUAACUUAUGCGUCUAUAGGUGGAGUUUUUGGGUAUUUGACUUUUAAACGCUGCGUUGGGGUAAGAUAAAAAAAAUCUGGCAGCGGUCGCUGGCAAGAUUUAGUCAAAACAAGCAGCAUUUUUCGGCACAUCAAAAACAUGACUUUCUUUUUACUUGAGCAUUCCUAAGGAACAAUACAAUGCAACACAAAAAUACGGCACGAUCCGAGAAGAAUUAUACACGUAUAUACAGUUUUUUUUUUCGCAACAUACUAAACUUACGUGUACAGUAGUGUAUGUGUCGCCAAUGACAGGUACCUGUAUGAAUAAAGUUUAAAUAUUUUUUUGCUUUAA